AUUGUUCACGCCACGGUAGACUGUCUGGUACGUCUAAUGCAAUCCAGGAAAAUCUCGAAAUAGUCGAAAUCGCCUGGAGAGUGACUGAUUUCGGAGAAUCAGGUGUGGUGAGAGGGUGAAGCGGAGUGGAGGAAUGACGGAAUAUAAACUGGUGGUGGUGGGUGCAGGAGGCGUGGGUAAAAGUGCUCUCACCAUCCAACUUAUCCAGAACCACUUUGUGGAUGAAUACGAUCCUACUAUAGAGGACUCCUACAGAAAGCAGGUGGUGAUUGAUGGGGAGACGUGUCUAUUGGACAUCUUGGACACUGCAGGUCAGGAGGAGUACAGCGCCAUGAGGGACCAGUACAUGAGAACAGGCGAGGGCUUCCUCUGUGUGUUUGCCAUCAAUAACACCAAGUCCUUUGAGGACAUUCAUCAAUACAGAGAACAGAUCAAACGGGUAAAAGACUCUGAUGAUGUGCCCAUGGUGCUUGUGGGUAACAAAUGUGACCUCCCGGCUCGGACUGUGGACACACGGCAAGCACAAGAACUCGCCCGCAGUUACGGAAUCCCUUUCAUUGAAACCUCAGCCAAAACCAGACAAGGUGUGGAAGAUGCAUUUUACACGCUCGUACGAGAGAUUCGUCAACACAAAAUGAGGAAGCUGAAUCCACCAGACGAGAGUGGCCAGGACUGCAUGAGCUGCCGAUGUGUUGUGUCGUGAUCAAGCUGACAGGUAUGUGUUGGGAGAAGUUGAUUCAUGGUUCCGUGCGGCAGACUGGACCAGAGAGGAAAGACGUUCUGUCUCAUCUGAAAGCGACUGUUAACGUAAAGCGAGUGAGGCCUCCUGUGAUAUGAACAUUUGAAACAGGAAAGGUAUCUUGCGCUGAGUACCUGGGUGACCUCUCUGGUUGUCCACGUCUGCCUGAUAAACACCACUAAUGACUUACUCAUUUGUUUUAUUUUUUUAUUUAAACCCCAGUGAGCUAGUGCUGGGUGGCUCUGUGGAUUUCUACUAAAUUAUUGUUCUUGAAGUCUCAACACUGGUCUUAAAAUGACAGCACGUCUCAUGACCUCAGUGUCACAAUUAAAAACCUUUUUCAGCUUUGAUGGAAAGACUGGAUGCUAAUGACCUCAUCCCAUGUCCCCCGCCCCCCUCCUGCACCCCAUGUGAAGCAUUUUAUUUGGUUGAAGAAGAUGCACGUUGGGGGAAAAAACAGAAGUGUCUGUUUUUGAAAUGUUCAGGUAAUUCAGAGAAAGUCAUUUUUGCUUCAUGUGCAGGCUGUUUUAAGAUAAUAUUUGUGAAUAGGGCUUUGUGGAAUCUAAACAGGAGCAUUAGUAAUGUGUGCAGGUAUAUGUGUAUGUUAAGAAAGAAUGUUACCAUUAGAAAUUAAAAAGGCUGACUGAGUUUUCAAAAAAUAAAACCUGUUAAGCAAUUUAAAAA